AUGAGUGGGCACGAAGCGAUAGUCUGUACUCUACUGGACAAAGAUGUUGAAGAAACGGCUAGAUAUACUGUUGGCGCGACCAAAGAAAAUUACAACUGGACGCCACGACAAUUCGCGGAAAUCAAUGGUCAUACGGGGUCAGUCAACAUCACUGAUACGAGCGACGACAAUGUCACCGACGCCAUGUCUAUUAUUGAGGAAUAUUGGAUAGCACUACACUGCAAAUCAACCAACAAGGAACGGGGAAUAGUGAAGCUCCUCGCCGACAACAGCAUUGAAGUGUAUUCUACUAGCAAGGAUGAGAAGUGGGCACCACUUUACAAGGGCAUCAACUUCAUGGCAAAUGACAGUCAGCCCCAGCCGCAUGGGCACGCCAGGUGCGGACAUGACCUUGAAACUGCGAUCAAGCGGCUACUUCAGAAAGACAGAAAUCCCAGGGCAGGUUUUCUUGAAAAUACCGCUAUCCUGGGCCACACUGAAGGGCCUAAAGACGGUCACGCGGCAGCUACUGAUCUCAGUGCCGGAUUUGGGUCCCCACAUAACGGGUCCCAUGGAGAACCUCGACCACUACACUUGGCUGCUCACAGUGGGCACGAGGAAGUUGUAAGCCUGCUGAUCGACGCGGGUGCUGAUAUAGAUGCUGGAUCCUGGUUGGAUAAGACGCCGCUGCACUGCGCUGUCAAGCACGGCCAGGAUACGAUUAUGUGGUCGUUACUCAACGCAGGCGCUAAUGUAAAGCUACUCGACGCGCACGCGAAGCUUGAGGCUUUCAACAAUCUUACUAGCGUCGUCGGAGGUAGAGUAGGAGCGACGUCGCUGCACCUUGCUGCUCUCGACGGGCACCCGGUAGUGGUACGGCAGCUGCUUGAAGCGGGCGCUGAAAUUGAAGCUAAAACAAGAGGAGUCAAUAGGGAGCAUACACCACUACAUCUCGCUGCCGAGAACAGACAUCAGGAGGUCGUCAGGCACCGACUGACCGCAAAGGCCAAUUUACAUGCGACUACCACAGGACGCGGGAUGCCGCUACAUUUAGCUGCAACUGGUGGAUAUGAAGCGGUCGUGCAACAACUACUCGAUGUGGGCGCCAAUCCACAUCUUGUAAACAAGAAUACUCAGACGCCAUAUAAUAUCGCUGUAAAAGCGCGAAAUUAUAACGAGGCGGUCGUCAACCUACUACUCAAUACAGGGCAACGGAAAACACCCCAGCAAACAAUGACUGAUUUGAAAAAAGGAGCAGUGCUACUUGAGGGAUCCAGACAUGAAGAACCCUCUCAAUCAGGGAUUUGA